CCAGCAAUUACAUCAUUCUACGUUUUUAUGAGAAAAUAAUAGAAAUAAAAAACAGGAAUUUAGCAUGUCAGCUUCUUGGCAGUAAACUAGAAAUCGCAAAUACACUAUAUAGAUCAGUUUUAAAGUAUAUUGUUAUUUGAUUUUUUGUUUGCUAGGACAAUUCUUUAUAUCUCAUACAACUUUAUUCACUUACAUUGUUGCGAAGAUUACUGAUACUAUUCUUUACGUAAAUCUGCAGUUCCUUAUUGUGUCAUUCUCUCGGUCAGUCUUAUCAUAUUAUUUUUUUAAUCGAUUUAUGCCACAUUCAUAAAUGGUGAUUCAAUAGAUCUAAAAUUUGUAACAAAAGUCACUUUCUGUGGAGGUUGAAAUGUAAUAUUAAUCACUAAAUUACAAAUGAUGUGGAAAAUUUACAAUUUAAGGAACGGUGGACAACUUUCAGUUCAGUCUGUUUAUCAAAUCAACUGUUAAUCUAAUAAAGCCAAACGUAGGAAUGUAAACAGUUAAUUGUAUUCAUUAUUUUUUGUAAGUAACUUAUAUGCACGGCAGUUAUUUUUACAAGUGGAAAAGUUAAAAAUGGCAACUUUCAUGUCAGUCCAUAACCCUUGACCUCUACAAGCAUGACGAUCCUAAAGUUUUUACAUGAUAUCAUUAACAAAACUCACAAGAGCAGUGUAUGUGUAUGCAUCACUUAGUCGCUUACGAUUUCGAUUGUUAUAAGUACGGGAGGAUCUGUUUAAAUUAUAGGUUAGCUUCAAACUAGAAAAAAAACAGCUUCGCAAUGUUUCACAUAUAUUAGGGCACAAAAAUGAUCUAAGAGAAAAAAUAAAGUCCCAGAGACAUGGAAGAAAAUACCAAUUCAUUUGCACUGUUGUGAAAGGCUACAAAUUCAUUUUGUUCUAUUAAACUGUUCAUUGAUUUUUUUUACUUUAGAAGCAUCUCACAGUACAUAUGAGAUUAAAAAUCCUGUAAUUUCGAAAUACUCCAGUGUCAUAUUAGAUGAGGGAUACGGAUAACGUAUUGAUAAUUAUUGUAAUGUUAGACGUUAUUGUACUACAGAUUGAGGGAAGUUAUGUUUAUGUUUUGUUGUUUUCACCCAAUUUAGAACAAAUUAAAACAACAUUGCUCAUCAGGUAACACUCAAGAUAGCAUUAAUUAUGCUUAAAUCGUCAGAAAAUUUCUUCAAUACUAAUAAAAAUCAAAUGGUGCCAGUUGAGUGGCUUUAAGUUGCAUCAUUUGGUGGCUGAUUCAGUAGUGUUAAUAUUAAUUAUUUCUUUAUGGAACUGAUUUCCUUUGUCAUCGGUUCUGUAGAAUAGUAGAUCAAUAAGGAAUACCAAGUGCUAUGCCUUUUGAUUUUCAUUAUUUUUAAUUUUCUAUUGAUGCUUUCUGAAGUCUAGACACUUGUUUUCUCCACUUAAAACUCGCUCAUACUGUAAACAAAGUUGAUUAGUUCAGAAUAGGUGACAGAAACCUGUUUUGUUUUUUAAAUAUUUAGUAUUUAAAAUAAUUAUCUAGUUUCUUCUUAACUUCAAGGAUUUACUGUCUUAUUAAAAACUUAUACAUUGUACUGUAUUAGUAAACUAAUCAGAAUUCUAGCUGUCGUACUUCAGCACCGAACUUUCAGUAAAAUUAUCAGACAUACCACAUCAGAUUUCUAUUACAAAAAGAAUUUUAUUUAACAUUUAACAUAGAUACUAACUUUAAGUCUUUGAUUUCGUUUCCAUGAUUUUCAUGAUACAUGCUUCAAUGUAACUAUGGAUUCGUUAUUAUUUUUUGAGAGCAGCUUUAAUACAAACAGAAUUUCACUCAACAUUCAAGUUUUAAGGAAUUCGUUACGAAAUGAUUGUGACUAAUUAUUAAGUGCGACAACGCAUAUCAAGUAAAUUCAUUCAUUGUAUUUACGUAGUAAAAAGCCUUGGAGUCGAAAAUUGACUAGAAUUAAUGAUCAAGAAGUGAAUACAGUGCCAGUUUGGUUGGUAUUAACUAACUUAUCAAUUUUGUGCUCCUUUGUUUGUUCUAAUUGAUUUUGUUUUAAUUGAAUAAAUAAUCAGUUCUGACUGUUGAAAUAUAUCUCCUGCUUUUACAACCUGUUUGUACCAAAAUAUUAUGCUGUAGAUGGCUAGCAAAGAGGAAUAAACCGUUAUAAUCUACAACAUAAAAAUUUUCAUGAAUGGUCUGUUGGGUUUUUAAAGAGUUUAAGAUGUUUCUGUAAAGGAAUCUUAGGUCAUUAACUGAGGUUGGUCAAAACAUGUUCGGAAAUCGAUUAUAAUUAGAUAGAAAGUUUGUUCUGUUACAAUAAUCAACCAUAGAACACUCUUGAAACUAUGCUGUUGUCAUCAAGAGCUAAUAAGGUAUAAAUUACAACUAAACAGCCUGAUUUUAUAUAAUCAUUUAAAGUAGUUAUUCUAACUGGAAUCCAUAAGAUCGUUUCUAAUCAAAGCGCAGCAAAACUUACCUAAUACUGAAGAUUACCUAACACUAUAAAAUGUAUCAUCAGUUUUAGAAUACUCUAAUAAGGAAGUGAUUAUUUAUAGUAUUAAGUACUACUUACAUUUGCUCCUGGAUAUUUAGAGUUGAUCGACAUGAUGAUAUGGACUGACUGGGACUCAUCAGUUUGUGUUUAUUUUUAUCUGUCAAAAGACUUUAUUUUUAUUGCAACCAUGGUCAUUAACAUUAAACUAGUGAAACUUAGCUUGGUAUUGCUCUGAAUUCUCUACGUUGGUAUUUACAUGAUAUAGACGCAGGUUUAUAAAUUAGAUUUCUUUGAUCACAUGUAAGUGUGGGGGGCUUUUGUGUAACUCAGUAGACUAUAAAUCAAAAAUUAAGUUUAGCGUAAUGUGAUAUACUAGAGCAGUUAAAAGUUAGUGACCAAAUUAUUAUAGAUAUUUGGGUUAUAAAAUUUUAAAAAAAAUCAUGUUAGUAACUUUAGCGGAUUCCUUAAAAGUUGAUUGUUUCUAACUACUUUGAUGCCCCAUCUCAAUGAAAAAAACAACCGUAAGAGUCGAGUAAUUUUAAUCAUUCUUUUUCAAGAUACUUAUUAGCUGCUUAGGACCUAAAAAUGUGAAAUAAUUUUACGGAUUGAAAUUUAUUUGGCUAACAAUAUGUCACAAGAGCUAAUCGCACAAAUAUUUUGCAUCUAAAACCAAUAGAAGUGAAUAUCUGGAGUAACAUACGUUGCAGAUAAAACCAUCUACUAACGGGCGAUCAAAUGAAUACUCAAAAAUAUAUUACAAAGUUUGACGAACUCAUUUAGAAAUAUCAGUUUUCUAAAAACGAUGAACUUUUUACAGGAUUUAUUAAAGUAGGAUUACAGUUUAACAGCUUUUAACAGGCUUGAAAACGGAGGGGAUCGGAAAUCAGGCAAAUAUUAUAAGAUGUUUUGAAUCAUCUGGGAAAGACCAGGAAAUAAUUCUCAAGCUAUACUUUCAGACAGCUCAGUUCUGAAUAAGAUAUACUUUAACCCACAAACGAAGUGUAACUAUAAGUUUGAAACUAUCGACUUACAUAUAUUUUUGCAAAACUACUAAACUUAUUUAAAUAUAGUACAUGAAUAAGUUACAGAUUGAUAAUAUUCACUCAUUGACUGCUUACGUUUUCGUUAUGAAAUCUAUUAUCUACAACCUGAUGUAUUCAAUCCAUUGCAGUGUUGUGUGAAUAAAUAAAUUUAGGGUUCCACAAAGAUCAUUAUAAUUUUAAUUAUUCAUAUGGUGCUAUUUAGUGUUUAACGAACACAUGGAAUGACUAGUAGUUUCGAGCUUACAUAUAACUAGCUUCUUGUCUUCAUUAGUCGUACAUUAAUUGAAAUUUAUACACAUCUUUGUAAACGCAGUGUUAUUUCAAAAGUGUGGCUCAUAUCUGCUUUCAUGAAGAGUGGAGUCUUAUUCGCAAAGAACUAAUUAGCUGUUCUAUUCUACGGCAGAGCUCUUCGAGCAAUAUAUCAUUUAUUCGAAAUACAGCUUUCAAGAUCUAAAAAAAUCAUACUGUCGUCAAGCCAUUGUUAAAAAAUACAACAGUUGAUAUCUUUAUCUAUCAAAGUAGGUAUGCAAUUAUUGUUUAUCAAUACUUAAACUAAUUUAAUAAAUUACAUAGUAAUAUUUGUUAACCAUAUAUAUGUAUGUAUAUGGUUGGAUUUGAUAGAUAUGGAAUCAUCAUGGAUCCAUUCUCAUGGAUUCGAUUUCUUUUACAAGCUCAACAGAAAUGUGCGGUAAUUGGAUUAUUCGGUUGUAAGUUCGUCAUCGUUUUCUGAUCAUUUUUAGUCGUACAUAAUGCUUUUACUUGUCUUCCUUAAAAUCCUAAAAUAUUUUAUGAUCUCCUGUCAAUCCAGCUUCAUGAGUGACCUUUAGGGAAACUAUUAUUCAUCUAUUCGUAAAGGUCUUUGUUGGAAAUUAUUCGUAAGCUUAAUAAUGUGGUUAUAAAUUCACAUUUAUUGAUACUUCGGACUAAAAUCACUACUUAUACAGUAACCUUUACUUUUAAUAAACUUCGUUUGGUUAAUGGAAAAUACUUUUCGUAGAUGCUUUUAGUUGUAACACACUUGUUAUGUAAGUGUAGAUUUUUCAUUAACAUAAAAUAAAGUCAGUUUUGUUUGAUAAUCAUUGAUUGCAAGGGCUGAUUAGUUGAACUAUUUAGUCAAGUUUUGCUUGAACACUUCAGAUCUGCUUAUCAAACAUCAUCAAUAUUCGCCAGAAAAACAUCCCAUUUCAAUCAAGGAACUUUGACAUGAGUUGUGUAUCAUUCGCAGUCGGUCUAUAAUAAACAAAUUUGCCUUUCGUGUAAAAUUAAUGUUAAUCCAGAGCUAAGCAGUGGUUAGAUUUCUCAGCCUCAUUUGUUGCAAACUAACUGACAACAUGUGCUUUCUUCAACUUGUCCAAUAAUUGAUUGGGCCUUACUAAUCCGUUGAUAUUACUACUCAUCUUUGUACAACAUGAAUGUGAUCACCACUUGUGAGAGGACACAAGAACCCAAAACACUUUUGAGUACUUAUGAAGAUGGGAUGUCAGAUGUGAUGUAAAUUGCCAUAAUUAUUGGUCCAUUACUAAGUUAAAGGAAUGUUCUCAAGUGGUGCUCAGGCCAAUCUUAUACCAAAGUUGCAUGUUGACUCCAUCUUUAAGCACCCCCUACUAGUCAGUCAAUCACUAAAUGUUAUUUUAAAUUACAAGCUUACAUAUUUUUUAAACGAUGUCAAAAUGUUUUUGUUUCACAAAUUUCCACCUAGGUACUAAUGUAUUUAUUAUAUUCGCUUGGUUAGUUGAACGUGCAAUUGUUCGUGGUUUAGUUGGUGGUAAAUUUGCAAUAGCGCUUAUUGGUUGGAAUUUAUUUUGCCUGCUCGCCUUCCCGAUCAUCAUGAUAUUAUCAAUGGAUUUUAGUCCUCUGUUCAGCGCUCCUGUUCUUGGGGUGUACACUAUUGUUUUUCUGAAACUAUUUUCGUAUGCUGCUGUUAAUCGAUGGUGUCGUGAAUCAAAUGAAGACGUGGAUAGAAAUGCAGAUGUGCUUUUGGAUGUAUUGGGAAAAUCGACACCGAGAUCAGCUCUUACUCAUAAUACCCAUAUCAGCAAACCUGAGAAGUUGAAUCCAAAACCUAUCAACAAUAAUGUUAAUUCUCAUCAAUUCGAUCAUUAUUCUGAAACUAUUAAUAAAUAUAAUUCAGUCAAUGAAUCUCCAGAAGAAAAUCAUGUAAUCAAGCGAAAAUGUUCUUCAGUGUUAGAGGAUCCAGAUAUGAACUUUCAAGAAAAUGGAGUGAAUACUAAAGUAGAGAGCAAAACCGAUGACUUGACAUUAAAAAAAGAAAACAUCUCUGAAGUCACAGAACAAGCUACUAGAAAUAGAAAAAACAAAGUUCCAUAUUUUUCUCGUAAUUGGAUGACCUCAGUAAAUAAUACAAAAUCGAUAAAGCAUCUUAGCCAAUUACAUAAGAAACAUAAAAGUCAACUUAAAAAAUCUCAACAUUCACGACUUAGUGUAUGUGAAAGCAAGGAUUAUAAUAGUAUUAGCUCAGACCCAGUUGAGUUAGAAGUAAAUGUCUUGGUAAAUGAUGAAUCUUGCAUGAAAUUCAGUCGUAAUUUAUACGUUACUUAUCCAAACAACUUAACACUAUGGGAUAUAUACUAUUUCAUACUUUCACCAACAUUGUGCUAUGAAUUAAACUUCCCACGUACAAUGACAAUAAGGAAACAGUUUCUGUUCAAACGCGUUUUCGAAUUGAUAUUCAUCCCCCAACUUAUACUCUGCUUGAUUCAACAAUGGAUCCUACCUAUACUGUCAAACAGUUACAUUCCAUUCACAGAAUCAAGAUUUAGCUUGAUUGUUGAACGUUGUUUGAAAUUGGCUAUACCAAAUCAUCUCAUAUGGUUACUGUUUUUCUACCUUGUAUUUCAUUCCCUAUUAAAUGUAAUUGGAGAGAUUUUAUACUUUGGUGAUCGAUUCUUUUACAGCGAUUGGUGGAAUGCGGAAUCUGUGCCAGCGUUUUGGUCAAAAUGGAAUAUUCCUGUCCAUCGUUUUGCUAGGCGGCAUAUAUACAUACCACUUUUACAGUCAGGCUUCAGCCGCUUCCAAGCUGGUUUAGUUGUUUUCAUGAUUAGUGCAUUUUUUCAUGAAAUACUUGUUUCGGUCCCAUUGAAAAUGCUAAGAUUCUGGGCCUUCUUUGGUAUGCUAAGUCAAGUACCAUAUGCCUACAUAGUUUCACUCUUAUUCCCAAAUGGUGGUCAAGGUGGUAACUUAGCCGUAUGGCUUACGUUAAUAAUUGGUCAACCAUUAGCUAUUCUCGCUUAUUUCCAUGACUAUUUCAUAACACAUUAUAAUGUUGGUGGAAUAUAAACAACUACAAUCAAUAAAUCAGUAAACGAGAUUUUUUGUUAUUUGGUUUUUUGUGAUAUUCUUUCCUUACUCGUUGUACAGUGAAGACUUAUCCGUUUAAUUAGAUAUUUACACUCGACUAUAUCAAUGUUGUUUUUCUGACUAGUAAUUAAUGGGGUGCUCAUUUUUAAUGUUGAAUAGUUUUUCGAUUGAUAACUGUUAAAUUCAUAAAAGUGAUUGUCUGGUUAUUCAUUAUCCCAUAUAUGCCAUUCAAUUUUCUUGCCUAACUUUCCUUUUUCUUGCUUGUCGUUUAUCCUAGUUCUGGCUAUUUUUUUAUUCUGGUGUACAAAUACUAUUAAAGCAACGAAAAACUCUUGUCAUUAAUCUAAUUUUUUGCCUCUUUUUUCAUCACUGUAAUUUAUUUUCCCUUUCAAUUGAAUUCCUACUUUUGAUGUCAUUACAACCACACUGUUGGUACAAUGUGUUUAACUGAUUCAGUAUCUGUGUUAGUGUUAACUAUUUAUAAAUAUUAUUCUUAACACAUAAAAGUUUAUGAACAAAAGUUCAUAUUUCUAGGUUGGAUUUAUGGCAUCAGUGCUUUCAGAUACGAAAAAUAGAGAAGUAAAAGCGUUUUUCAUUCCAUUUGGAACUAUUUGAAAUGUUUGUAAGAACUUUCGUCUAAUUCGAACUGACAGUUUCAGAGUAAUUGGGUCACUAGUCAAUGUAAGACAUUAAAAAGGAAAUUAUAUUUGUAAAAAUUGUCAUCGAUUCAAGUUAAAAUAAAUCCAAUGUUCCGCUCAACAUUAGUGUUCAAACUUUUCCAAGAGGAAUAAUCAAACUUCAAAAUUAUCGAAUAUUAGUUUCUUGAAUUAAAUGUGUACUAAACAAAUCCUCCAAUGAUGUUAACAACUUUGAAUGGGGAAUUUGUUGUAGUGCUGGUGUGAGUCAUUUAGUGUAUGGAGAGAAACCGUGAUAAGAUAAGAAGUGUACUUGUAUGUAGACAUGAUGGGAAAAAAGUAAUUGGUUAUAAAUGGCCUCAGGGUGUGAAGUCAUUUAUCUAACUUUUAUUCUUGGAUAAAAGUGCGAUAUCAGAGAUUUUCGAACAUUUUCUGUCCUUUGAUGUA